AUGAAAUACGUACUUGUAUCCGGAGGUGUUAUCAGCGGUGUCGGCAAGGGCAUUAUUGCCUCGUCGACUGGCCUGCUGUUGAAGACUAUGGGAUUGAAGAUAUUCUUCGUGCUCGACGACGGCGGUGAAGUCGACCUCGACCUCGGCAACUACGAACGCUACUUGAACAUCACCCUGACUCGCGAGAACAACAUCACCACUGGCAAGAUCUACCAGCACGUCAUCGAAAAGGAACGUAGAGGAGACUACCUGGGUCACACUGUCCAGGUCGUGCCCCACGUUGUCGACGCCAUCCAGGACUGGAUCGAGAGAGUAGCAAAGAUCCCUGUGGACGACACAAACGAGGAGCCCGAUGUCUGCAUCAUCGAGUUGGGCGGCACCGUCGGCGACAUUGAGAGCAUGCCUUUCGUCGAGGCCAUGACUCAACUCCGUGCCCGCGCUGGAAGAGACAACUUCAUGCAGAUCCACGUCAGCUACGUCCCCCUGGUCCACGGCGAGCAGAAGACAAAGCCGACUCAGAUGGCCAUCAAGGCUGUGCGCAGUGCCGGUCUCAUCCCUGACCUUAUUGCCUGUCGUUGUGAGAACCCUCUGGACUCCGGCGCUCACCAAAAGAUUGCUCGCUUCUGCCAGGUCCCUCUUCCCCAAGUCCUCGUGGUCCGCGACAUGCCCAGCACAUACCAAGUCCCCAUCCUCCUUCAAGAACAAGGUCUUUUGCAGAGCCUGACCGAUGUCCUCCGUAUUGACGCCAUGACUAUCUCGCCAGCUCUUGCUGCCAAGGGUGCCGAAAUCUGGAAGAGCUGGAACAGCUUGGCCUCGGGCCUGGCCACUGUCACCGACGUUGUUGAGAUCGCUCUGGUUGGAAAAUACCUCGAGUGUCCCGACAGUUACCUCAGUGUUGUCAAGAGUGUUGAACACGCCGCCAUGAGAUGCAAGAAGAAGCUGAAGAUCGUAUGGGUCGACGCUGAGCAUCUUGAACCCGAGUCUGAGCGCGCAAAUCCCGCGGCAUACCACAGAGCCUGGCACGAUGUUUGCACCGCUUCCGGUAUUCUGGUCCCCGGUGGCUUCGGCCAGAGAGGUACCGAAGGUAUGAUGAAGGCUGCUCAAUGGGCCCGUGAGAACGGUACACCUUACCUCGGAAUCUGUCUUGGUAUGCAAAUCGCCGUCAUCGAGUUUGCCAGAAAUGUUUGCGACAUCCCCACCCCAAUCUCCACCAGCCAGGAGUUUGACGCUCGCGACGAGGAUCGUAUCAUUGUUUCCAUGCCCGAGCACCACCCUGGACAGCUUGGUGGUACCAUGAGACUCGGUCUGAGACCUACCCUGUGGCAGGCUGGCUCAGAGUGGAGUCGUCUGCGCGCUCUCUACGCCUCUAGCACAUCUGCCGAUGGCCAAUCUCAGAUCCUUGAGCGUCAUCGUCACAGAUACGAGGUCAACCCCAACUAUGUUUCUACCCUGGAAUCCAAGGGCUUGAACUUCAUUGGCAAAGACGAAACCGGUGUCCGUCAGGAAAUCAUUGAGCUCAAGGACCACCCCUGGUUUGUCGGAGUCCAGUACCACCCCGAGUACCUCUCUCGUGUUCUCCACCCCAGCAAGCCUUAUCUCGGAUUCAUUGCUGCCAGCGCGGGUAUGCUCGCCACAAUCACUGCUGAAAUUGCAGGUGCAGAGUCGACAAAGGCUUCGUUCUAG